CUGAGAGAAGGCAUUCCCUAAGUGAGUGCAUUAUUUUUGUUCCAUCAGCAAGAGCUUUCCAACUGCUCUCAGGCUGCCCUUCAAACACCCAAAGCUCUUCAUUUCUCUUGGGGUCUUUUUCAGAGUGUUCCUGACAUGCCUGCGAGGGCCAUUACACUUUAUCGGCAAGAGCAAACACAACAUCAAAGCUCAAAACAUGUUGUUCACCUGUCAAGGAAGUCAAGCUCCAAGUCAGUGAAGAAGGAGCAGGUCCAGGCCACUGAGGCUAUGGCGGAACCAGCAUACACAGUGCCAACUUUCAGGGAGAGGGCUCCUGAGGGCAUGCAGGAGUAUCAGAGAAUGACAGCUCACUUUGGAAGAGACUUGGUUCAGCUGCAGCAGGAGCUGGACAGGAUGAAAGAGGCUACACAUGAGCAAGUGGAAAAUGUUGAGAUCACAAGACAGGUGUCAGCAAGGAAGGAGAUUACUGCUGAGGUUCCCAGACCACCAGACUUCCUGAUCAGUCUGAGAUCUCACACUGUGUGGGAAAAGACCCCUGUCAAACUAUUCUGCACUGUUUCCGGCCACCCCAACCCCAUCGUCAAAUGGUAUAAGAAUGAUGUUGCCAUUGAACCCUUGAGUUCUCCUGGAAAGUUCAAAAUUGAGAGCAAGUAUGGGGUUCACAGCCUUUUUAUUAGCAGGUGUGCAGUUAGUGAUUCUGGAGUGUAUAGUGCCGUGGUAACCAAUCCAUAUGGAAAGGCCACCUCAAAGACCAUGGUCUGUGUCAGGAGGCCACUAGGGGGAGGAGAGCUCUCUCAUCUGCCAGGACAAGUUCCUCUGCUCAGUAGCAUUCACGCCAGGAAGCUUGAAGUGACCCUACUGAACAAUUUUGGAGUGACGUUUGGUACAGAGGGAGAGUCUGUUAGUCUGUUUUCCACCAUGGUGGUAGUGCCUGAUCUGCCAAAUCUGCCACCAGAGGCCAUGUGGUACAGAGAUGAUACUUUGCUGAAGCCAUCCAGGUGGAUUGAGAUGUCUAUUGGUGGUGGGGUCGCCAAGCUCACUUUUCCUCACCUGAACAAGGAUGAUGAGGGUCUGUACACCCUUCGCAUUUGGACCAAGGACGGAACUGUAGAACACAGUGCUUACCUGUUUGUUAAAGAUGCCGCUCCCACAGUGGCCGGGGCCCCUGGAGCCCCUAUGGAUGUUACAGCCUCUGAUGCAAAUGCUGAUUACGUACUGGUCUCCUGGAAACCUCCCAACACCACUAAUGAGGCUCCUAUCACUGGAUACUUUGUGGACAGACGUAAGUCUGGAACUAAGGACUGGGUCCAAUGCAAUGAAUCCCCUGUUAAAGUGUGCAAGCUGCCCGUUCAUGGUCUAACUGAGGGGGCCUCCUACCACUUCAGGGUGAGGGCUGUGAACAAAACUGGCAUCAGUCUGCCCUCUAGGAUGUCCACUGGAGUGACUGCUGCAGCCGUGGAGAGUGAUGUGGAAGUGAUUAAAAUCGAAGGAAAAUAUGACAUUGUGAUUCGACAGGAGGAACUACAAGGAGUGUAUGUUACAAUACCAGAACCACCCACCAAUGUGCAUGCCACUGAAAUAAACAAAACAUACAUUGUUCUGAGCUGGACACCACCAAGCCCUCGCGGACGGGCACAUGUGUGGUACCUCGUUGAGAAGAGUGUAAGUGACAGUCACCUCUGGCAGAGAGUCAACACUGCAGUCCAGCUACGCUCUCCCCGUUAUCCUGUUUACGAUAUGGACGACGGGAAAUCUUACCGUUUCCGUGUAAUCACUGUCAACAAGUAUGGCUUGAGUGAGCCAUCGGAGCCUACAGCUCCAAUCCAAAAGGUCGACCCGCAUGGUAUUGUUCCAAACAUUGGUGUCCCAUCUGCUCCGGCACAGGUGGUUGCUUCCAGAAACACCAAAACAUCUGCUUUUGUGCAGUGGGAGCCCCCGAAACAUCCCAACAACCUCAUGGGUUAUUAUGUGGAUGCCUCUGUGGUUGGCUCCAAGGUCUGGUUCCCUUGUAACCACAGACCUUACAAACACACCAGGUUUGUGGCCCAUGAUUUGGUCAAAGGAGAUACCUAUGUGUUCCGUGUGCAAGCCGUGAAUGCGUAUGGAUUGAGUGAAGAGUCACAGGAAUCUGCUCCACUGUUCAUUGACGCUGCUCUCAAGGGGGCAGUGGAGUACGCUGCUCCCUCUGCCCCAUACGGCAUCACUCUACUGAACUGUAAUGGCUCGUCCAUGACCCUGGCUUGGAAACGCCCCAAACACACAGGCGGCACAAAGAUCACAUCUUACUACCUGGACAAGCGUGAGGCAGGAUCACUCAACUGGAAGGAGGUCAGCCCCAGCCCAGCCAUCCACAGGAUCUUUACGGUGGAGAAUUUGACUGGUGGAGUUUUCUAUGAGUUCAAGAUUCAGGCUGCAAACUUGGCUGGUGUUGGCAUGCCAUCUGAGCCAAGCAAAGCUUUUGCCUGCGAGGCCUGGACUAUGCCAGAGCCUGGCCCUGCGUAUGACCUCAGUUUCUGGGAGGUGCGUGAUAACUCCCUCAUGCUGCAGUGGAGGGCCCCUGUGUACACUGGAGGGAGCCCCGUCACUGGUUACUUUGUGGACAUGGCUAAGAAGGGUUCAUCCAAUUUUGCCACUGUGAAUGCUGAAUCAGUUGGGCAGUGUUACCUGAAGGUGACUGGACUAGAAGCUGGAGCAUCAUAUGUGUUUAAAGUGCGGGCUGUUAAUGCUAAUGGUGUUGGAAGAGCCUCAGAUGUGUCAGAUCCUGUGUGUGCAAAGGCACUGCCAGGUAUGAAGGAAAUUGUGUGCGGUGUGGAUGAAGAGACCGGAGACAUUUUCCUGAAUUUUGAAGCUUGUGAGACUUCUGAGACCUCCAAGUUCAUUUGGUCAAAGUCCUACAAAGAAAUCACUGAAUCAAAUAGAGUCUUCAUCACAUCCUCUGGAAGACACUCAAAACUGACAUUUAUAAACCCUGAGAAAGAAGAUCUGGGCACCUACUCUGUGUCAGUGACUGAUACAGAUGGAGUUUCAGCCAGCUACACUCUCAAUGAGGAAGAACACAAGAAAAUGCUUGAGCAGAGCUACAACAUCAGACAUCCUAUUGUUCCACUGAAGACGGAGCUGAACUAUGAGAUUCUGGAGAAGGGUCAUGUGCGUUUCUGGUUACAGGCUCUGAAGUUGUCCUCCUCUGUGAACUACAGGUUCAUCGUCAAUGAUAAAGCCAUCUCAAGUGCUGAGGGUUACAAAAUCAGCCAUGAUGUUAACACUGGAAUCAUCCAGAUGACUAUUGAGCUCUUCACCAAAGCCAAUGAAGGCACUUACACCCUUCAGAUCCAUGAUGGCAAGGCCAAGAGCCAGAGCUCACUGGUUCUGGUUGGAGAUGUGUUCAAAACUGCUCUAAAGGAGGCUGAGUUUCAGAGAAAAGAGCACAUCAGAAAACAAGGCCCUCACUUCUCAGAGUACCUGUCUUUCCAUGUGACAGAUGACUGCACAGUCAUACUUGUUUGCAAGCUGGCUAAUGUGAAGAAAGAGACAACGUUCACCUGGUUUAAAGAUGAUGAGGAAAUUACUGUUGACGUUCCACCCAACCCAAUGUCUGGAACUUGUGCGCUUCCUAUACCAAUGUUCUCAAGGAAAGAUCAGGGAAUUUACAAAGCUAUACUAGGCGAUGAUCGUGGAAAGGACACCUCUGUCUAUGACAUUUCUGGCAAAGUGUUUGAGGAUAUCAUCAACGCCAUUGCAAGUAUUGCUGGGAAUUCUGCCUCUGAGUUGGUUCUUCAGUGUACACCUGAAGGUAUCAGACUGCAGUGCUACAUGAAGUACUACACAGAGGAGAUGAAAACCAGCUGGUUGCAUAGGGAGAGUAAGAUUUCCUCCUCGGAGAGGAUGAGAAUUGGAGGCACAUCUGAGAUGGCCUGGAUGCAAAUCUGUGAGCCCACAGAUAAGGAAAAGGGUCAUUACACCAUUGAGAUCCAUGAUGGAAAAACAUCACACUCUCGCACCUUUGACCUUUCUGGACAAGCAUACAGUGAUGCCUAUGCAGAAUUCCAAAGACUGAAGGCUGCUGCCUUUGCCGAGAAGAACCGUGGCAGAGUGGUAGGUGGCCUGCCAGAUGUUGUCACCAUUAUGGAGAAGAAGACCCUCAGUCUAACUUGUACAGUGUGGGGUGAUCCCAGCCCAGAGGUCACCUGGUUUAAAAAUGAGCAAGAAGUUCUCUCCACCGACCGCUACAAAAUCACCUUCGAAGGUGGCAAGUUUUCUAGCCUCACUAUCAACACUGUGACUGUUGAAGAUUCAGGGAAAUACAGCAUCAACGUACGGAACAAGCAUGGAGGAGAAUUUGUGGAGAUCACUGUCAGUGUCUACAAACAAGGUGAGGAGAUCCCGGAGCCUAAACUGGGACAAAUGUCCAAGCCCGCUGCUACGCCCAAGCCAGCUACACCCAAGCCAGCUACGCCCAAGCCAGCUACACCCACUCCACCGAAGAGCCAGACUCCUCAGACUCCUACACCCUCGAUUAAGUCCCCAACCCCACCUCCCUCUGUGAAGUCUCCCACUCCUACUCCAGCUCCUAAAUCCCCCACCCCACCCAGAUCUGUGCGCUCUCCCACCCCAACAAGAUCCUUGAGAUCCCCCACCCCUACUAAGAAGUAAACUAUGGCUUAUAGAACCUAAAUAUAGGUGAGGUAUUGAUAGAGUUGAUGUAGUGUUUAAAAAAAAAAACAACAACAAAGGAAGAUACUGUAUCUGUUUUAGUUUGCUGCUUUUUGUUGCAAUGGUUUAUAGAUCUGUAUCACUUGUACAAUUGUCAGAUUAAACAUACUUGUCAUAAUGUAUUUCAGAGAAGAGUUCUCUAAGCUUUAGACUCAAGACUUUGCCUCCAAUGUUCCAGUUCAUCUCAGAAACAGAAGAAAAAUUGGAAGUUUAUGCGUUGAUUCUCAGCAAAAAUGUAAUGAAGUUGAAAUUAAGAAUUGUUGUUCGGCCAGUCAGAAUAAUCACAAAGGGCACCGCUUUCCUUCCUUUCUUUGUUCUGUACCAUCCAAAUGCUUUUUGUUGCCAAUAAAAAAUCAUCAGUGUCUAGUCUGG